AUGACGAACAUCUACCAAGUUCUCCCCUUCUUCUUUGUUAUUUGGACGUUGCGUAUCGCAUGGACAAGACUGCAGUGUCGUCGAUGGGAUAUAGGAAACCUUCCAAUUGCCCCCAUGAAACACAGCUGGAUAUGGGGACAUGAGCUCGAGGUUUCCCGUCAUGAAGCUUGCGAAAUGUACGUCAAGUGGUCGACUUUGGUGGGCUCUGUGUAUCGUGUCAAAGCAGCUUUUUUCCAACCUGAUAUCCUUAUUGUGAACGAUACUUCCGCCGUUCAGCACAUCUUCCAGAAUGCCUACAACUACGUCAAAGCCCCAGCGUUCCUACCAAUUAUUGAAAGACUCAUUGGAAACGGGAUUGUAUGUGCUGAAGGUGAAGAGCAUAGACAUCAACGAAGACUCUUAGCUCCCGCCUUCACAUCCAGUGCUGUUAAAUCAAUGUCCGACGACAUAUUUGCCUGUGCAGACAAGAUGAGCCAUAAGUUACGUGGUAGUAUCAAUGAACAAAAUACUGUAGUCGAUAUGGUUCCAUUAGUUUCUGCCUGCACUCUGGAUAUCAUAGGGCGAGUCGCUUUCGGUCACGAUUUCGGCGGCGGAGAGAGCAAGGAAGCCAAAGAAAUCACCUCUGCAUGGCAUGAAGAUAUUCUUAUGGCUCACACGUUCGGAGGUUUUCUAGCACCCAGGUUAAUCAACCUUUUUCCGUGGAUCACUAGUUUGCCAAUCCCAGUCAUUCCAGGCGAGAGCGUGUCGAAACGAAUUGUGGAUAGACUCGCAGGCAAGCUUCUCCAGGAAGAUCAUCACCACUUCACUUCGAAUGCUCGUGGUACGGACAUAUUGUCUCUGCUAGUCGAAGAUAACCAGAAGAAAGGAAAGUCCGAUUUACGCCUAUCUGAUACUAAACUCCUUGAUAAUAUUACGACGUUUAUGAUGGUCGGACAUGAGACUAGCGGUGCUUCGCUGAUAUUCACAUUGCUUGAAUUGGCACGUAAUCCUACCGUUCAACGCAAAUUGCGCCAGGAAGUACAAGCCGCAGGUAACCUUGAUUAUGAUCGCGUGCAGCAACUAGAGUAUCUUGAUUCUGUGGUGAAAGAAGGACUCCGUUUGUAUCCUGCAUUGCCAGUCACUGAGCGUGUAGCCCUUCAAGAUGAUGUUAUACCUCUCAGUAGACCUAUUGAAACAAAAAACGGGAAUAUCAUCACCUCGUUGCCUAUCAAAGCUGGCCAGGUGUUCCACAUCCCCAUAACGGCACUCAACGUCAGUACGCAAAUCUGGGGCCAAGACGCACAACAUUUCAUACCUGAACGAUGGAUUGAGCCAGGAGGUGUACCCCCUACCGACAAGCUCCCUCGUGGACCAUGGGCUGGGAUAUCAACGUUCAGUGACGGGCCGAGAAGCUGUAUUGGGUAUCGGCUUGCGGUCUCGGAGCUGAAGAUAAUAAUCGCCGUCCUUGUGCGCUCUUUUGAGCUGGCGGAUACCGGGGUCAAGAUUGAGCAAUACAUGUUGCCGACACUGCAGUCAUUUGCUGACGGUAAGGCGGCGUCAAUGCCACUCAAAGUAUCACUUGUGUCCGACGAACAACGUUCAAGUUAA